AGCCGAGUGGAACUGGUGGCUGCCGGGGAGAUAGACAGUGAGGCGGAGGGGCUGUGCUGAGCAGACGCUGGGUCAGUCGCUUUCAGACAAUCACGGGGAGCGAGAGAAAGACAGGAACAGACACAGAGAGAGAGAGAGAGAGAGAAGAAGAGAGAGAGAGAGAACAGUGCACAUAUCGAAAAGGAGAGAACAGGGGGAGGGAGGUAAAUAUGUGACAGGAUGUGGUUUCCCUGAGCUUGCAGAACAUCAGUGCACAGGCAUAGUUUGAGCAUGACCUCAACACACCAGGCGUGCAAGUGUGUUUGAGCUCCGUUAGGUGGCGAGGAGGGGGGGGGAAGACGAAGCAAACCGCUGGAGCUGCUGCUCUCUUUUGGAUUUGUGUUUCCUCUCAGCCGGACAGCUCCACAGCGACCUCCGUCCGCGGAGACCGUCCUCCAUCCUCUCUCUCUCUCUCUGUCUGUGGGCUGCCGGGCUCCUUCCCAGUAUAGAAUGCGAUUCUCCGCUGGAAGCUCUGGUCCAGUUGCUGCCUCUGCGUCCGAGCUGUGAACUUAAACCUCAGCCUCGCUGUCAAAACCAGGGUCUGUGCUCAGAGUGACUCACACGCCGUGGAGCCAUGGGCUGCGGGCUACGCAAGAUGAAGCCGACGUCGGAAGAGAACAGUCCGGGGAAGAUUUACUCCACCCUGAAGAGGCCGCAGGUGGAGACCAAGGUGGGCGUGGCCUACACCUACCGCUACCUGGACUUUCUCAUCGGCAAAGACGGUGGGACGUCCACUCUGCAUCUCUCGUCCGUGCGGGAGCUGCCAUGUCAGCUGCAGGAGCUUUACCAGCAGGGUUUCGUCCUGGCAGCGGUUCACCCGUUCGUCCACCCCUGUGGACCAGAAUCCAACAGCCCGCCGCACCAGCUCUACCGGGCCAUACUGGUCCGACUCAACGACGGGGCGGAAAGGAGCCAGCCGGCGGGCCCACCGUACAAACUGCAGCUGGAGGAGUGUCUGACUGCCGGGCAGGUGCCCACCCCCGAGCUCAUCCAGGGCUACGUCAAGAAGCAGAUCCAGGAUGCCGCUGACCAGGGGGUGAAGUUUAUUGGAUUUGUCCAGGAGCCCUACGGGGCCCCAUGCACCACCAUCAGAGAACCAGACACCCCCUCCCUCUCCCUGCACUCCAGCCCCAGCUCGUUGCUCGGUUCCUUGGGCAGCUGCAGCCCCUCGACCCCCUCGAGUCCCACGAACCACGCAGAACCCGGAGCUGAGGCUAAAACGGCCGCGGACAAAGAGGGAGGCGGGGAACCCUCAUGCGAGGCCCUGGAAGGAGCGCCGAGCGGGGAGAAGAAUCACAGCGAGAACACUGGGAACCAUUCGGGGAGCCGGGUGGGGGCCGAGGUCUCGCCUGCUACGUCUCCAGUAUCAGAGCUGGAUGUGGAGCUGAGGGAGGAGAACUCGCCGUGUCACAAUAACAACAAAGACGGUGGCACAGAGACAAAGGAGCGGCCGAGAUACCGGCAGCGGAGAGGCGACGGGGCGGAGCUGCUGGCUCUGUACAACCACCCGCCCGUGCGAGAGGGCCAGGUGAAGUACUACACCGUCAAGGUGCCGCUCCGCGUCCAGAACUGUGACGAGGGCGUCAAGGGCGUGGAGGCCAACUGGCUGGACCACAUGACCCAGCACUUCAACAACGGAGCCUCGCUGGUCGAUGGAUACUUCCACCUGGGCAACGUGAACAAUUUGCUGCCGAAGUCGGUGGAGAGCGUCUUCAUCUUCCAGGAGGCGAGCGAGGGCGAGCAGAACGCGGCCGCUCAGACGUAUGACGCCAUCGUCGUGGAGCAGUGGACCGUCAUCGACGGGCUGCAGGUGAAGGCUGAUUAUGUUCCCCUGCUGCAGUCGCUUGCUACAUACGGAUGGAGACUCACGUGUGUGCUGCCAACUCCUGUAAUCAAGACCAACAGUGAUGGAAGUCUGUCCACCAAACAGAUCGUGUUCCUGCAAAGACCCGUGUUGGGCCGAAAGAGGAGAGAAUCCAAGAAACUGAUCUUCAAGCCCCGAAGCAAGUCCAACAAGAACUGCAUCAAAGAGACGGCGAAGAACAAGAAGAAGAAGAAAACAAAAAGCGAGAAAGAUGCAGAGGAUCCUAAGAUCAUUGACGACGGAGAGAAGGCUGAGAAAGAGGAGGAGAAGAGCAGGGAGGAAGGGGAGGAAGGGGAGGAAGGGGAGGACGCGACAUACGGAGAUGCGGUGAGAGAAAGUGGGACACUGGAAGAAAGGGAAUCGAGGUGUGAAGAAGACGGAAAGAUUGAUGACGGGAUUGAGAUCAACGUAGAGACUGUAGAAAAGAAAGAUGGAGGAACGGAGACAAAGGACAAAGGAGCAGGAAAUGGCUCAGAAGAAGGAGAAGAAGAAAAAAUAACAUUGAAUGGAGAGGGAUCAGAAGAGAAUGGAGAGCCUCUAGAAAAGAGAGACGUCCGGGAAGUGGCUGAAACUGUUGCGACUGUGGAAACAGAGAAUGAGACCAAAGAAAACGAGCACACGGGCGUAGCAGAGGUUGAAGCCGUGAUCGAAAACGGCGUGGAGGCGGAUGAGGAGCGAGACGAGGGCGGAGAGGACGCCAUCAAACGCAAGGCGGAGGAACCGGCCGGUGUGGAGGUCAGCGCCAAGGAGAUUGUGGCAGAUUCACUGACCAAUCAGAGCCCAGAGGAAACUCAAGAGUAGCCCCAAGUCGAGGUUUUAUUCCCCCACCCUACCUCUCAAAUCCCCCCAAUCCCCCAAUCCCCCAAUCCCCCAUCCUAAGAUCUGGUUCACAGCGUUGUCCCUGAUCCAAAUUAACGGGGCGUCGAUCCCCAUCGCUGCAGCAUUGUCCAAACCUGCCCCCCCCCCCCAACCUGCCAAAGUGUAGCUUCAGACAGAUUUCAUGUGAUCGCAGACAUCAGUCCUACUGUACAACCACACAUACUGAAUGUAUAUAUCAUUAACAGGCAGGGCUGGUGCGUGAGAGUCAAAGUGGAGUCACUGGAAUAACUGGACGAGGACCAACGAUAAUAUCUGCAAAUGAGCGACAACUUGAAAUUAAAAACCUGGUCACAUCAGAACCUAGAACAGCAGUGAAAUCAGGAGUUGAUUGGUUCUCAGGGGCAAAGUUCAAAUUCAACUAUCGUACCUUAGCGCUGUUGCAACAUCAACUUUUCUUCAAUCUGUUCAGUCGCCAUAAAAACGAUUUUACAAAAGAAGAAUAGUUUGCAGACGGCUAUGAGACAGGAGUUGGUAAAAAUUCUUGAAGAAGCUAGCGUGAGCUUAUUGUCUCAAUAGCGACAAAGCUAAUUUGCUAGUUAGUCCUAAGAACUUUUUUUUCAACCACUUAAAGAAUUAAAGAAAAGAUGUGAAACCCUAAAACUGCUUGAAGGACGUCAUUGGCUCAAUACGGAGAUAAAAGAAAAACAUGGUAGAAUUAUUGAGAGUAAAUUUUGCUAGCACGUUAGCAGUUAGCUCUCCAGAUACAGUAGUUUACCUUCUAGCCAUGCAAAUAUUCAUUUCUGGUGUGGCCUGGUCUUUAUAGAAGGGGUCAGGGACAUCACAGCAUGUCAAUAAGUUCAAUGUCUAAUACACGAACAGCAGUGAUGCUUCUUAAAGUUCGAGAACUUACCCUUUCCCCCCCCGUCAGCUCGUGAUACCCAGAUAUGGCGUCUACAUUACGAGAGGUACCCGACAGCUUGUGCAGCUCUGUCCAGUUUCUGAAGCUGCGGAAAAGACGAGUCAGGAAGAAACCCUGACCAGACACAGGCCUGCCUCAUCCACACGACAUCCACACAACGUAAAGCCCGGGGGGGAAAAAAGUGUCCUACGUGAUCACAGACUUGUUUCGCUGUUUUCUCCUCGGUCCUGUGCACCACGGGUGAGCUGUGAUGUGGAGGGAACUCGGAGGGAGGAGAACGCUGACAGAGGUGAUGGGAAAGGCGUUUGUUGCGACAGGCAAUCCAAAGUAGGGUGAAGAGAUAAUUGUUUACGCUGAGCUCUAAGCCGUCAAGUGCUUCAAAGAGAGCCGAUAAUCACUCUUUGGUGUGGUGUGGUGUGCUGAGCUCACCUUGCAUACAGAAUGUUCCAUAAUUCAAAGCCAAGUUAGAUAAGGAUGUGAAAUUCAGCUGAAUGUUUGCGGCUCAAGGGCAGAACUCGUACUUACACUCACCUAGUUUGUUUUUACACGG